AUGAGUAAUCAUUCACGAACUGUAAGUUUACUAAGUGUGACAGCCUUAUGUAUAAUAAACAUAACCUUGACCUUUUUUCUACUUCAAUCCCCGACCUGCGACCCGAGCGAGAUCCCCGAGGAAUUAAAAUACGAGGCUGUGACAACAUGGGACGUCGAGUCGCAGCCGGAAGACAACAAGUCAACCCAGUGCCUACCCCCUCACACGUACUUGAACCCCAAAAUGAAUCUAAUCAACACCUCCCACUCCAGGGAGAACAUCCUCAACCUGGACAUUCGCUUGGGAAGGUAUGACAACCGGCGACUGUUCAAGACCUUCGACACGGUGCUGAUCGGCACCAGAUUCGCGGAAUUGUCGACGACAAACUUGGUCUGUCUGGCGACCCAGACUUCCUUGGAGAAGCUGCACUCGCUGGUCCAGGUUGCCCACCACUGGACCGGCUCGAUUUCCGUCGCCCUUUACUCCGCUGGCGACGAGGAAUUCGAAGCUCUCCAGAAGUACAUCGUGUUCCUGAGGAAGUGCUACACGCCGGUUCUCGAGCGCAUUAAUUUUUCUCUGGCGAUGCCCAGGAGCAAACUGCCCUCAAAGCAGCCCCGCAGUUUCGAGCCUCCCAUGGACUUCGGGUGCUCCAGACCCGAGGCGACUUUGAAUGACCUGGUGAACAAGAUCUCCAAGGAACACACCAACUGGCGAGUGAGGAAUGUUUAUCCGCAGAAUCAUAUGAGAAACCUCGCCAGGAAAAAUUGCCAAACUGACUGGGUUUUUCUUACGGAUAUUGAUAUUAUUCCCAGUAUCGGGCUUGCCAAUUCAAUAAAUUUAUUUUUACGUGAUACCGAACGCUGUGAUAAGUGUGCUUACGUUAUUCCUACUUAUGAAAUAGAUACCAGGGUCAGAUUUCCUGGAAAUAAAACUGAGUUGGUCAGAUUGGCUCGCAAGGGUUUGGCUAGACCUUUUCAUUGGAAGGUUUUUAUUCACAAUCAAUACGCUACUAAUUUUACAAGAUGGGUUUUAGAUGUAGCACCAGAGUCUAAGAACUAUAAAAAUAUAAUUGCUGGAAAAGCCUACAUAAGUCAUAAUGUUACGGACUUUGAAUUUCUUUACGAGCCUUUUUAUAUUGCUAAAGAUAUUGUACCUCCACAUGAUGAAAGAUUUAUGGGCUAUGGAUACACGCGUAAUACUCAAGUUUAUGAAAUGUUUAUCGCUGGUUAUCAAUUCAAAGUCCUCUCACCAGUAUUCACAAUACAUUGGGGCUUGCAAACGAGAAAAAGUCGGUCAGUUUGGCGUGAAAGACAAAACAUCAUCAACAGACGACAAUUUGAACAGUUUAAAAAAGAAAUUUAUACAAAGUAUAUGCACAAUACGUUGGGAUUGAUUAAUACAUUUUACUAA